AUGGGAGCAAAACACUCGAAAAAGUCCCACGAACAACUAGCACCACAAGACGAGUUAAAUAAACUGAAGAUGCAGUUGUAUACUGCUAAGAUGCGGAACAGUAAAAUUAUAUUAAGUGUGGAUUACAGUGACUCGAAUGUCGCUCAAGGUGGUCGAACAUUUAACUGCCAAAACCUCCACAAAAUCGACCCUACUAUUCCAGUCUCUAAUCCAUACCAACGUGUUAUUGAUGCCAUUGGAACAUCAAUAGAAGAUUUGGACGUAAAUAGGAACAUCCCAUUUUAUGGCUUUGGCGACUCUUCUACACGUGACAAGACAACGUUUUCAUUUCUCCCAUCCGAGCAACCGACUAAUGGCAUUGCACAUUGCUUGCAGCUUUAUUCACAAGUCACACAAAGUAUAGUCUUAUCAAAUCCAUUAAGUUAUUCCCCAAUCAUCAUCAAGGCUAUUGGAAUCGUCAAGGCUACAAAUCAACACCACAUACUCUUCAUAAUCACUCCAGGCAUUAUAACGGAUCUCACACGUACAAAUAAUGCUAUUGUCGAAGCCUCUAAAGUUAGUCUUUCAAUCGUUUUUGUAGCAAUAGGUGAUGGUCCAUUCGAUCAAUUGGAGACGUUGAAAUCGCACAGUCUAAAAGGGCAAAAAUUUAAAAAUGUCGAAGUUGUGAAUUUUGAGGAUGUUAUCAAAUUGCCACCAGAACAACAAGACCCAACGUUUGGCAUAUUGGUUCUUAAAUCCAUAAAAACACAAUUCAACUAUAUGAAAAAACAUAAACUCGUUUGA